AGCCCUCACAGUUCCGCUCUUAUUUUGAAACGCGUGGCCGGAAGCCCCGCGCUGUCCUGACUCCGGUCCCUCCUCAGCAUCACCGCAUCCUCCGCCGCCUUCCCCCCUCGAUACGGGACCCGAAGCUGACCCCGUUAGAAGACUAAAGCCGGGAUAAUGGACGACGUCCCUCCGAUCAUCAACAUCUCCAUCUCCCUGCGGAUCCAGCCCAACGAGGGGCCCGUGUUCUUCAAGGUGGACGGGACCCGGUUCGGCCAGAGCAGGACCAUCAAACUGCUCACUGGCUCCAAGUACAAGAUCGAGGUGGUGCUGAAGCCUGGAAACGUCGAGGCCACCACCAUGAACAUCGGAGGCAUCGUCUUCCCUCUGGAGCAGCAGUCCAGGGACGAGGAGUCGGUGGUUUAUCACGCCCUGUACGACACCGAGGGCGUCCCGCACACCAAGAGCGGAGACCGGCAACCCGUCCAAGUCAGCAUGGAGUUUAACAAGGCGGGAACGUUUGAGACGGUCUGGCAGGCGAAAUACUACAACUACUACAAGAGGGAGCACUGCCAGUUCGGCAACAAGUUCAGCAGCAUCGACUACGAAUGCAAGCCCAACGAGACGCGGACCCUCAUGUGGAUCAACAAGGAGGCGUUCAACUGAGUGGGCCCGCCCCCCCCCCGCUGUCCACGCUCCGUACACCGAGCAGGGGACACCAGUUGUACCAGGACUACUUCUGAACAUCAGCAUCACAAUAAAAGGACAGCCUUAUCCUAAAGGCGGCGUCACGUCAGCGAGGGUUUGGUGUUUGUGUUGUUUAGUGAAAAGGGAAAAGAAAGAAUAGCUGUUAGCUGUUAGCUGUGUGUCUUUAAGGGGGGGGGGUUAAAGCUUUACUCUGCAGUGGUCAGCAGAAGGGAAUCGUUUGAAAAGCAGAAAUGCUUUACACACACACGCUAACUGCACACGGAUUCGGUUUGCUUUUAGGAUGUUUUCUAUCAAAGGAAGCUGCAGAGUUUAGCUUUAACGCAGCGGUUGAAGGGACAGUCGGGACGUUUGGGGAAUCGAAUAUAAAAUGAAUCUCAGUAUGUUUAGUGUGGAGAUAUGUCUGGGAUGUGUUUAGCCUAGCUUAGCUCAAAGACUGGAGCACUCAUCAAUGAGCGGUUUCACUCGGUAGUACAUCGUCACUUCUGCCUCCAGGUUCCAGUCGUGGGAAGCUGCUGGCAUCGGCCCGUCAGGAGAGGAAAAACAUACAAACAAAUCCAAAGUUGUCUGAUUUCGUCAGCUAACCAGCUCGUCAGCAGUCCGUCCUUCAGGCAGCUGACUGUACAGUUAGCUCAGAGCUAGAAUCUGGCAACUAUUACUGGCUCGGAGCGAUGCUGAACCUCGAACCGGUUCUGGACUAGGAAAACUGGUUCCAGCGCAGCACCAAAACUUUGCUGGUCUAGAACCAAGAACCUUUUACAUCAGGGGCAGAUAGCUAUGGAUUUAUUAGAUGUUUAGUGAGCUAUAAUAAUAAUAAUAAUAAUAAUAAUAGUGAUGUAAUGAUGUGGCUCUAUGGUGGUCAGUCUGUAGAAAAGCUUCUGUUUGAACCGGCACUAGCACUGAUUCUAAAACCCAAAAUGUCCCCUAUUUCUGCACCUGUUCAAUAAUUCAAUAAUAUUUAAUAUUAAUAUUUUUUUGGGAGGUGCAUUUGUUCACUUUUAAUGGCUAGCAGUUUCCACUUGCUUCCAGUCUUUGUGCUAAGCUAGGCUAAAUAUUGGACCUAUCUCUGUACUGGACUGAAAUGUUCCAGCUGUUCCUUUAAGGUGGACUGAAAAGAGAAAUACCCUUCGAUAAUUAAAUGUAUCGCAGCACGGGACGGGAGGGACGGAGCGCAGCAGCUAGCGUUAGCCGAGGACCAGGAUGGAAGACAUCUGUGGACGGAGGAAGUAUUUGACCUAAUUUAUUAAAUGUGUGGAUGUGUCCGCGAGAGAGGACAGACGACGUUUGAGAGCGUGUACAUCAUUGUAAUAGUUUUGACUUUUCUUAUGUGUUAUGUAUUUCAUUAUUUAUUUCUGGAAAAAUCCACCAAAAACACAAAAACACUGACGAGACAAAACGAGAGAAAAGUUGCUGCAGGUUUUAAGAAAAAGAGGUUUUCUAAAGAAGGAAACAGACAAUACGAGUUCUAACAGUGUGAAGGGAUGAUGGUGGGUUUCUCCUUUAAAGGGAACGACUGGUGUUACUCUAAAUUUAACAACAUGUUCAAAAAGGUUCAGUGAUUUCCUGAAACAGCUGCUCACUUUUAUUAAAGAUAAAAACAAAAACCCAGUGGAGGAGGAACUAUUUUCAGCGGCGGAUGAAUCCACAUUUGGUGCUCUAUAGUGAGAUUGAGUCAAAAUAAACUGCACUGUGGCUCAUUGGUGUGUUUUUUAAUAGUUUUUCUUACAACAGUGGAGCUCAGAGGACGCAGAUACACACAUUGUUAGUAGAUACAUUCACCGUUCGUUUGUUGACAGGAAGUAAAAUGUAGAAUAUCACCAGACUUCUCCUUUAAGCCUUCGGACGCCUCUGUCUGUCUUUCGUUGGAGUCGCGGUACUUACACAUUACAUUUGUGCUUCAGCGGCUGUUUUUAUUCUCUCUGUUUCCUCCUGAAGUGCAUGGCUGGAUUCAUUUUGCCAAAUCUGAUCUGUUUGUUAGUUCUUUGUUAAGAUAUCUCGAUGCCUACACCUUGCUGUUUGGUUAUGUGUUGGACUUAAGGAGUAUAAAGUGUCUUUGUGAAUAAAAGAGUAUACUGAACCAAU